CAAUAUCUCUCUCUACAUAUAAUAUAUUUAUUUAUUAAAAAAUUAAAUAAACAAAAAAGUAGCUAGUCUGUUCAAAAAAAGGGUUAUUACAGUGAGAUCAGCUGAGGCAGCAGAUCGAUAUUGCAGAGAAGAUAAUUGAAGGUAAACAAAUUCAAGAACGACGCCAUUGAUGGAUGCAGUAGGUCUUAAUGUUCCUCAGCCAAUGGAGUGCUUACACGAAUCAGCCCCGCCGCCGUUCCUCAGCAAAACCUACGACUUCGUCGAAGAUCCAAACACAAACCACAUCGUAUCCUGGAGUAGAGCCAACAACAGCUUCAUCGUUUGGGAUCCUCACAACUUCGCCAUGAAUCUCCUCCCCAGGUACUUCAAGCACAACAAUUUCUCCAGCUUUGUCCGACAGCUCAAUACCUACGGCUUCAAGAAAGUCGAUCCAGACAAAUGGGAGUUCGCCAACGAAGGGUUUUUGAGGGGACAAAAGCAUUUGCUAAAAGACAUUAAAAGAAGAAAGACAACCUCUUCAUCAUCUUCAACUUCUUGUUCUAAUGUCAAUUUCCAAAAUUCUCAACAUUCUAACAACUCCGGCGGCGGUUUUGAACCGUCGUGUGUGGAGGUCGGAAUGUUCGGAUUGGACAUGGAGAUCGAUCAGCUCCGUCGAGACAAGCAAGUGCUGAUGGCGGAGCUGGUAAGGCUCCGGCAGCAGCAACAUUCGACGAAUUCUUACCUCAAAAAAAUGGAGCUAAGGUUAAAAGGGACAGAAAACAAGCAGCAGCAGACGAUGAGUUUUCUCGCAAAGGCGAUAAAGAAUCCGUCAUUCUUACAGCAGAUGGCGCGGCAGAAGGCGAGGAUGAAGGAGAUCGAGGAGGAAAUAAGCAAGAAAAGGCAAAAAAGGAUCGAUCAUCCGGCGUCGUCAAAAGAUGUCCGAGAAUUAGGUCAUUUAGGGUUUUUGGAUGAUCCAAAAUUGGAUCUUUCUUGUGUUAAGAUGGAAUUGGGAAUGGAAGAAUCUGAGGAAUUGAUUAAGGAUGAUCAUGGUGGAUUGUUUGGUGUAGAAUUUGAGGGAUCUUUGGCAAUGGACAACAUGGGAGAUCAUCAAAUGAUCUUGCAAGAAGAUUGUUGUGGUAAUGAAGAAAUAGGGUUGAUGAAUUCGAAUAAUCGAGAUAAAGGGAUAAUCGAUGAAGGGUUUUGGGGAGAUUAUCGAUUCGAGGGAAUCGACGGACAGUUGGAUGGCGACAACGACGAAGAUCCGAUUGUGGAUGCUUUUGCUGAUCAAUUAGGGUUCUUGAAUUCUAGUCCAUGAUUUGAAAUUGGGGUUUUUUCUA